UGUCAGCUGAGAUUCUUUCACUCAUUCUUAUGAUGCUGACAAUUUGAAGUAACUUCCGUAUCAAUCAUAUAUUGACAAGUGUACAGUGGAUAUCCAUUCUAAACACAGAGUGGAAAAGUUGUAGCACAACAUGACUUUGUUAAUGACUUGCCGAAACUCUUCUUUACAAGUACACAGGUCAGAUGUUUAUUGCAGUUGUUCAAGUUGGCAAAAUGUCAGGAGAGAUUUUGAUUCACGUGAUUAUAAGAUUGCCACUUUACAAUUUGAGGGAUCUGCUUCCUCCACAGAUGUUUAAUGGACUUAUGGUCUGCAGGCUUUACAGUUCAUUAUUCAUUUUAUCCAAGCUCCUCCAGUAAAUCUGUGUUGAUCAUCAGCAGGCUUACUAAGCAUAUAAUAAGAGCGGUAGGCUAUAGGUUGGUUCACUUCUUCUGCUUUGGUAUUUUUGUAGCUAUCUUUCAUGAUCUUUAUAGUAUACUGAAGUCAAUAAUACACUUUUACUUUAAGCAAUGAAGAGUACUUUGUUUUGUCUGGUCACAUGUUUCCUUUAUUCUCCUGCUUUCAGCGGUCUUGGAAGGUUGACAUUUUGACGUAAUCGUAGUCUUUAGCUUAACAAUAGCGUUUAAUGCUUAUUCCAGCCGUUGAUUUUGUAAGUUUGCUCACUUUUCAAACAAUCGACCGUGUCUGUCUUUUUCCUUCACUUUGUAAAAUGUGUUUUGUUUUUGCUUCACAUGGACGAGUUUAGAAAUCAAAUUGAGAGUGGUUUCUGGUCACAACUCUUGUAUUUUGAUUUAUACUUUGACUUGGAAAGAUUGCAUCAUUUUCCUUCAAUAUUUAUACAUCGACAUCAAAUGUUUGUGUGCAGUUGUUGAAGCAGUCUAAGGUAAUCCGUGUAUUCAGGAUGUUACACAUGACUUGGAAAUAUGAAUUGUAGUCGUUUUGUUGGUGUAGCUACAUUCAUUCAUUCAUUUUCUACCGCUUUUUCCUCACGAGGGUCGCGGGGGGUGCUGGAGCCUAUCCCAGCUGUCUUCGGGCGAGAGGCGGGGUACACCCUGGACUGGUCGCCAGCCAAUCACAGGGUGUAGCUACAUUUCUUGUCUAUUUGUUGAGUCCUACAAAAUUCACUCCACUGAACAACGGUGCACUACUGUGAAACACAUUCCUUUACAUGGCAUAGCUUGCAAGAUGAGAGGAGUAGAGCUCUUUUCAGUUCUGCAAUUAUUUUUGUUGUAUAUUGAAAUUUGUCAUACAGUUCUUUUACUUUCACUUUAAACCGCGAGGAGUGUUCUGUUUUUAUACUAACUCAUGACUCAGAUGGGUUGAGUGACAAUAACACUUCCAGGAUUAUAACAUGAACAGGGGCCAAACCAUUACAUCACAUACUACCAGGUCGAUGUUAAGUAUGGUAUUAUGUACUUUAGCAAGAACUAGAGAUGCAAUGUAUCAUAUCUCUCCACCUGCAUUGAUAUUAAUAUUGCAUACAUGCAUCUGCAAUGCUACUGUUACUCCAGCAUAUGAAAAGGUAGAUGUUUGUGUUGCUCUUCCUCUGUCCAUGGUGCUGAAGCACAGCCUUGCUUGUCGACUUGGGUACUGAGCAGUCAAUCAGAUGUUUCAACUCUUGUCUAUUGUAAUCAAUUCCUUAGCAUAAUGGCUUAUUGCAGCAUUAAACAUGUACUGGCCAUGGUGCUGAAAUGCCUUUUUUGUAAGAAACUCAACCCACUUCUCAUAGUGGCAAAUCUGCCAACAGUAAACAUCAAGAAAUAGUUCACUCCAACACCAAAAUAAAAUGGUGGUAACAUGACAUUUGGGGCUGAAUAUUUGCACCUCAUUCAAUCACACCUACCAAUUAUGAAUAAUUAUGAAUGCCAUCUUACUGAGAUGUUAGUUUUUUGUUUUUUUUUUAAAUCCACUAGCUGACAGCACUCGACAAUAUUGUGUUCAUGUAAAAGAAUCAAUAAACCCUGAAAUUAGUACACACAUUCGUUAUGCUUCAUUUCAAACCAGAACCACAAUGUGGAGCCCUUUUGUAAUUUAAUGUGCCGACCCGGAACUUUUUCAUAUCAUUUGAAAUUUCAAAAUAAAAGUGCUAUUAAUGAUUAUUUGACAACUGAGAAGUCUUAAUAUGCAUUGUAUGAUGAUUAUAUUUUCUAGAUAAACAUGGAUUAAUUUAUAUGAUCGAAUAUAUGCAUCAUUAAUGGUUUUAAAGUCCAGAUAAUAUAUUUUUCACUGUAGAUAAAUAUGGAGGUGUACUACUGUGAAAAUGCUCUGAGGGCCGCUGUUGACACGUGAUUGAAUAGGAUGGAAAUAGUCAUCUCAUUGGUCCUCCUCGGAAACUCCUUUUAUAGCUUCACUGCUGAGAAAGACGAUGGUCUGAUCGCCAUUUGAAGGUCGAUCUUCCUUGUGGAUCCUCCUGUUUAUUUCGGUUGUUUUGUUGAAGGAGCGUUUUCUUUUAUUCUGAAGGGACAUUUGCAACGUUUUGGUUUUUUAUUUUUGCCUGGAGGAUGGAUUGUACGUGGAUAAGCGCCGUCAGAGGCCGAUGGCGAACACUGUUUGUCAUUCUUUGUCUCUGUGAGCUGAGCUCAGUGACUGGACAGGCUCGCUAUUCCAUACCGGAGGAGCAGGCAGAAGGCUCUUUUGUUGGAAACAUUGCGAGGGAUUUGGGCUUGGAUGUGGCCAGACUCGUAGCAGGUAAAGCUCGUAUCAUCACCAAAGAAGAUCGGCAGUAUGUUGAUUUAAAACGAGACAAAGGCACCCUUGUUAUUAAAGAGCGCAUCGACCGAGAAGAGCUUUGUGGAAAGACGACGCCCUGCAGCUUCAGUUUCGAUAUCAUUUUAGAAAAUCCGAUCCAGCUUUAUCGUGUAACAGUGGAGGUCACGGACAUGAAUGACAACAGUCCCUCCUUCCCGCAACAUGAAAUUAAUUUAAAUAUUGCUGAAAGUGUUGCAGUUGGAACACGUUUUUCUCUCGAGACUGCAGAGGACCCUGAUGUUGGUGUUAAUGAUAUUCAGAAAUACACUCUUAAACCUUCAGAUAAUUUUAAAUUAGAGGUCCAAGGCGUAUUAUCUGGUAAAAAGAUUAUCGAAAUAGUUUUACAGAAGCCUUUAGACAGAGAAAAAGAGGAGAGCCACACUCUCAUGCUGAUAGCUUCAGAUGGCGGUGAGCCACAUAGAUCAGGGACGGUGAGAAUUCAAAUCACUGUGCUGGAUGCAAACGAUAACGCACCAGUGUGCAGCCAGCCUGUUUAUAAGGUAGAUGUUCGAGAAAAUUCACCUGAGGGAACUUUGAUCACUACUGUUAGUGCAAAUGAUGCUGAUGCAGGCCUCAAUGGUGACGUCACAUACUCCACUCGUUCCACCAGAGGGGCGGAUCAGCUUUUCGAUGUAAAUGUUAUAACAGGAGCAAUUAAAAUAAAAGGUAAAUUAGAUUUUGAGAAAUCAAAAAUGUAUGAGUUAAAUGUCCAAGCUAGUGAUCAUGGAGGAUAUACAGAUACAUGUAAAGUAAUUGUUAACAUCAUUGAUGAGAAUGACAAUGUCCCUACCAUUAAAUUAAUGUCAUUUUCCCAGUCCAUCCCCGAGGAUUCCCCCCCAGGUACAACUGUAGCUGUUUUGAACGUGAACGAUGAAGACUCUGACGGCAACGGUGUUGUCAAGUGCUCCAUCAACUCUGACGUCCCUUUCAAAAUCGAGUCUUCAUUAACAGGUUAUUACACCAUAGUGACAGACAACUUCUUAGACAGAGAAAGUCUUCCUGAAUAUAAUGUUACCAUAACAGUGUCUGACCAAGGCUCUCCUCCUCUGUCUAGUAGUAAAAACAUCAACGUUAAAAUAUCCGACGUGAAUGACAGCCCGCCUAAAUUCCAUCAGUCGGAAUACAGUAAGACUGUACCAGAGAACAACUCUCCUGGUUUUUCAGUGUUUACUGUCAGUGCUAGUGAUGCAGACUGGGGCCAGAAUGCUCGAGUGUCUUACUUCCUGGAGGAGAAAGAGGUUCAUGGAGUAGCUGUGUCUUCUUUUGUCUCAGUCAACUCAGAGAACGGCGUCAUCCACGCAGUCCGAUCCUUUGAUUACGAACAAAUCAAGUCCUUUGUCUUUAACGUCACCGCCCGAGACGCCGGAUCCCCUCCUUUGAGUUCCGUGGCCACAGUUCGCAUCCUGAUACAAGACCAGAACGACAAUGCCCCUCAAGUCCUGUACCCAGUCCAAACAGGCGGCUCGGUGCUGGCGGAAAUGGUGCCUCGUUCAGCAGAUGUGGGCUAUCUGGUGACUAAAGUGGUGGCUGUUGAUGUGGACUCUGGACAGAACGCCUGGCUCUCCUAUAAAGUGCACAAAGCCACAGACAGGGCGCUGUUUGAAGUGGGCCUACACAAUGGAGAAAUAAGAACUGUCCGCCAAGUCACUGAUAAAGAUGCUGUCAAACAAAGACUGACUGUUCUAGUGGAGGACAACGGGCAGCCCUCUCGUUCAGCUACAGUCAUUGUUAACGUGGCGGUGGCGGACAGCUUCCCUGAAGUGCUGUCAGAGUUCACUGACUUUAGCAUGCACGACAAGGAGUACAAUGACAAGCUGACUUUUUACUUAGUCUUGGCUUUGGCUGUGGUCUCCUUCCUCUUCAUCACCUGCUUGCUGCUUAUCAUAUCGGUCAAAGUGUACAGAUGGAGACGGUCUCGCAUCCUGUACCACUCCAACCUCCCUGUCAUUCCGUAUUAUCCGCCACGUUACUCGGACACUUUGGGGACGGGGACUCUCCCGCACGUGUACAAUUAUGAGGUGUGCAGGACCACCGACUCCAGAAAAAGCGACAUGAAGAACAUGCAAGGGAUGAGUCAAAGUUUAGUGAGCGUGGAUGGAGCUGAUGCUGAUACGCCGCAUGUGACCAAGCAGCUGUCAGGGAACUGUUCCCAGAUGUCAACUUUGAUGUUUAAUGGACUUAUGGUCUGCAGGCUUUACAGUUCAUUAUGCAUUUCAUCCAAGCUCCUCCGGUAAAUCUGUGUUGAUCAUCAGCAGGCUUAAUGCACAUAAUAAGAGCGGUAAGCUAUAGGUUGGUUCACUUCUUCUGCUUUGGUAUUUUUGUAGCUAUCUUUUAUGAUCUUUAUAGUAUACUGAAGUCAAUAAUACACUUUUACUUUAAGCAAUGAAGAGUACUUUGUUUUGUCUGGUCACAUGUUUUCUUCAUUGUCCUGGUCUCAGUGGUCUUGGAAGGUUGACAUUUUGACGUAACCGUAGUCUUUAGCUUAACAUUAGCAUUUAAUGCUUAUUCCAGCCGUUGAUUUUGUAAGUUUGCUCACUUUUCAAACAAUCGAGCGUGUCUGUCUUUCUCCUUCACUUUGUAAAAUGUGUUUUGUUUUUUUGUUGGUGUAGCUACAUUUCUUGUCUUUGUUGAGUCCUCCAAAGUUCACUCCACUGAACUGGUUUCAGCACCAUAGACAGCAACUCACGUGACAUUGCUUUCAGUGAGCUCUGUUCUUCAAAGUGCCAAUAGAAAUAUGACAAUCUUUUCUUUACUAUUAUUAAACUUUAUAAUUCAAUGAAUAUCUGAAAAGGGGGUUUAUCAUCUCUUUUGAAAAAGAAAAUACCUCAUCAGACAUUGUAUUCAAGUCAGAAAAGCAGGCUGACUGUCUCUCUCUCUCUCUCUCUCUUUCUCCCUUCCUCUCUCUUUUUUUCUCUCUGUCUCUUUCUCUCUCUUUC